GAUAAUCACCACAUGGUGUUUUUCUUAAAUAAAUCUCGACGUUAGUAGUGUAAUAAAAAUUUUUAGUUAAAAAUGGAUGAUCAGGAAGCUUCUAUGGAAGAUCAAGAUGAACAGGAGUCUAUGAUGGAAGAUCGAGAUAUGACAACAGAAAAAGGACCAAGACAAGUUUAUUUACCUGGUCAUCAAAUGAAUGAAGAGGAAUCUUUAGUUUUUGAUCCUUCUGCAUAUCACAUGCUUCAUGAUGUUGAUUCAGGUUUACCUUGUUUGAGUUUUGAUGUAAUAGCAGAUGAUUUAGGUUCUAAUCGUAAUAUUUUUCCACACACUAUGUACUUAGUGGCUGGCAGUCAAGCCGAAAAACCCAAGGAUAAUUGUGUUAUUGUUAUGAAGUUAUCAAAUUUAAAUGCUAUAAAAAAGGAUGAGAGUAGCUCAUCGGAAGAUUCUGAUGUUGAAUCAGAUAGUAGUGAUGAAGAAUCAAAUGAUCAACCAGUUUUGCAAGUAUCAGCAUUACCACAUUUUGGUACCAUUAAUCGGAUUCGAAGUACAGCAGUUAAUGGAAAAGUCUUUGGUGCAGUUUGGUCUGAAAGAGGAGUUGUUAAUAUGUAUGAUCUCAAUACUAAGUUGAAAGAUGUUGAAAAAGCUAAAAGAAAUCGAAAAAUUGGAAGUGUAGAAAAAAAGAAGAAACAUGGUAAACAAGCUCCUAAAAGAACAUUGGUAGAACACAAACCAUUACAUUCGUUCUCAGGUCAUCGAGAUGAAGGUUAUGCUUUAGAUUGGUCAGAUACUACUCUAGGUGUUUUGGCUAGUGGUGAUUGUAAAGGUAAUAUACAUAUUUGGAAGCCUAGUGAGGGCAGUUGGACUGUAGAUUUAAGAUCAUUGGAAGGUCAUAAAGAAUCUGUUGAAGAUCUACAAUGGUCCCCUAAUGAACCUAAUGUCAUAGCAUCAUGUUCUGUUGAUCGAUCAUUAAGAAUAUGGGAUACGCGACUAGCGCCCAAUAAAGCUAACAUGUUGACCAUAGUUGAUGCACAUGAUAAUGAUAUAAAUGUUAUCAAUUGGAAUAAAAAAGAACCAUUAAUUGUUUCUGGAGGCGAUGAUGGAAAAUUAAUGAUUUGGGAUUUAAGGCAGUUUAAAAAAGGUAAAGAUUUAGCUACUUUUAAACACCAUACAAGUGCUAUCACAACAGUUGAAUGGAACCCAGAUGAUAGUUCUGUAUUUGCUUCUGGUGGUGAUGAUCACCAAAUAGCCAUUUGGGAUUUAGCUGUUGAGAGAGAUACUACUAAUGAGCAGGAUGAUAUUAAGGAAAUCCCACCACAACUCUUAUUCAUUCACCAAGGACAAGAACAUAUAAAAGAGCUGCAUUGGCAUCCACAAGUUACUGGUGUACUUAUUAGUACAGCUCAAUCAGGAUUUAAUGUUUUUAGAACCAUAAGUGUAUAAAAAUAAUUAAAAAAAUAUAACAUUUAUUUUCUAAAUAAUUUAGAAAAAAAACAA